AUGGAAGCUCAAUUAAAAGCUAUAAAAUAUGUUUAUUCAACAGUUUAUCAUGGUGAAGAAGAAUGUAUGAAGAAUGCUACCUUAUUGCCUAUUAAUAAUGCAAUAGUAUAUCCAAAUAAUAAAAUCUUAUAUAAAAAAUCGGAUAAUACAAUAGAUUUUAUCGAUAUUUCUAAUGUAGAUAAAAGUAUAUUUUUUGAUAAAGGUUCUAAUCAAGAUUCUGUUUAUGGUAAUGUUAUUGAAAGAUAUAAUUCAGCUAAAAAUCGAUUAACAUUCAAUCCCGAUGAAUAUCAAUGUGAAAUGGUUGAUAGUGGUAAUAAAUUUCUUUUAAAUUUAAUAAAUGAUAAAUUACCAACAAUAAUUGCAAUAUCUGAUAUUUAUCCAACAUAUUUUGAUCUUGGAUUAUCUUCAAAUGA